ACACACACGUAGACAAACUGAAUUCAAAGGAUCGACACACUGCAGAAGCUAGCUCCAAUUACCCAUGGCCUCCGACCACCGCCUCGGUGCGCUCAAGGCGUUCGACGACACCAAGGCCGGCGUCAAGGGCCUCGUCGACGCCGGAGCGACGGCCGUCCCCGCCAUCUUCCACCACGCGCCCGAAUCCCUCAACGACGCGCCGCAUCACCAUGACCAUCAGUUCGCCAUCCCGGUCAUCGACCUUGCCGGCCUCGCGACACCGUCCGAGCGAGCAUCGGCGGUCGGUGCCGUGAAGGCGGCCGCGGAGACGGUAGGCUUCUUCCAGGUGGUGAACCACGGCGUGCCGGAGGAGGCCAUGUCGGCGAUGCUCGCGGCGCUGCGGUGCUUCAUCGAGGAGCCGGCGGUGGCCAAGGCGCCGUACUACACCCGUGACCACGGCCGGCGCGUGAGGUACCAGAGCAACUUCGACCUGUUCCAGUCGCCGGCGGCCAACUGGCGCGACACCCUGUUCAUGGAUAUGGCACCGGAGCCGCCGGCGCCCGAGGAAAUCCCCCCGGCGUGCAGGGCAAUCGCCCCAGAGUUCGCAGGGCUGGUGCAGCGGCUGGGGAGCACGCUGCUCGGGCUUCUGUCGGAGGCGCUGGGCCUCCGGCGAGGGCACCUGGAGGAGGACGCCGCGUGCCUAGAGGGGCUGAGCCUCGCCUGCCACUACUACCCGGCGUGCCCGGAGCCGCACCUCACGCUGGGCACAACCAAGCACUCCGACCCCAGCUUCAUCACCGUGCUCCUCCAGGACGCCGUCGGCGGCCUCCAGGUGCUCGUCGACGACGACGACAAGCAGAACCCGGCGUGGGUGGACGUGCCGGCAGUGGCGGGGGCGCUGGUGGUGAACGUGGGCGACUACUUGCAGCUCCUGUCCAACGACAGGUUCAAGAGCGUGGAGCACCGCGUGGUGGCCAAGAGCGCGGGGCCGAGGGUGUCGGUGGCCUGCUUCUUCGGGGCGGAGGGGUCGACGAGGGUGCUUGCGCCGAUCGUCGCUGACGGCGGCAACGCCCGGUACAGGAACACGACGGUGGACGAAAUGGCCAGGCACUACAGGGCCAAGGGCCUCGACGGCGUCUCCUCACUCCAACACGUCAGGAUCUAAUGAAUCUCACCCAAAUGUAUUUGUCGUGCUUAUGACCGGACUUAGGGGGUGUUCGGAUUCCCUCCGCUCCGGACUCAGCUCCGCGGAGCUGGUGGAGCUGCGGGCUAAAACGGUGGAAUUGGAAAGUAGGCACUCCUCAAAUUCUGUAAUUUUGCGGAGCUGGUGGAGAGCCGAACAGGCCCUUAUUGUU